AUGGCAUCGCUCAUCACGACCACUCGAUGCCAUUGGAACGACAGCACACAGCUGGCCUUUGACCCUGUCUACGCUAUGGCGUCCACGAGAGCAAAACACGCACCCGCUCGAGGUACGCAGACAGAGGCGCAUACCAAAUCGUGCUUUCAGCCCUCUCACGAACAGACUCGUCUGCACUUUGAUGGUCUCGCCGAUCGAUGCCGAGCGCAAAGACUGCCGAGCGUAGUUGGGACAAAUCUAGUCGAAUACGCUAGCGAGCCGCACGCUGUCCAGUACGAGCCAUUCGAUAUGUGGCCCGACGAGCCUGCAUCUACUGUUACGCGUGGCACUUUGACACCGAGAACAUCAGACAAUGUCAUCAAUGGCAAGCCGGUCAGACAAAGUGACAGUCCGGCGCGACCGAUUGCCGUUAAGCCUGCGUACCGCGACACGGUGCAUGCAGAUCCGGACACUGCGAGAGCGUUCUCGAGCUCGUACGACGAUCAGCUAUAUGUCCCUAGACCUCAUCGGCAGAUCUCGUCUGAAGAUGACCUGCUGUCCACUGGCAAUGCCAGCGAGUUGCAGUCCGAUUCUCAGCCGAUAGGCAAGCCGAAGACGCGACCUGCCAUGGGCUGGCUAUCCAGUAUGAUUGCAGCAGGAAGAAGGCCAGAUCGUCAUUCAGGUACGCCCGAGCACCGGGAAUCGAUCGAUUCCAACGCGUCGCUCCCCUCGCCCCUGCAACAUGCACACAAGUCAAUCUUGGCUAACAAUGGCGCAAAUGUCCUGAGCACACGUCGAGAUCAACCAGACUACUUCUCUUUCAGGCGUGCCUCCGCCGAUACAGCGAAUGCAUCGAACAGGCCAGGCACGCAGCAACGACGUUCAUCUGGCCCCGAGCCAAAGACAAUGGGCCCAGCCGAGCCUGGUUCUAUGUUGCCGCCUCCAGUACCCAGCAAGAGGCUCAACAAGCAGGAGACCGCAGAUCAAAAGAAGCAGAGCAAGGUUGUUCUCUCUGAAGGAGCAGCGGUGCACAUUGUUCUCAGCGAUGCCAAGACCUUUCGAAAGGUUCUCGAUGAUCCGAUAGCAUUAUGGAAGUUCGGAAGAUUCCUCGCCGAGCAGAUGUCAGCGGAGCCCUUGGUUUUCUGGCUCAACUCGACACAGCUUUGCAAUGAUUUGAAAAGCGUCACUGCACUCACGAAGCAGCUCCAUCGAGCACACGUCCCGACCUCUGCUCUGCUGGCCCUCAAUCUGUCGGACUGCGAGCGGGCUACGCUGCAGCGAGAUACCGAUAGACUUCUGUCGCUACAUGAUCCAUUCGCCGCCGCACGAGCAACUGCGUUUGAUGUCUUGCACAAGGAGCUUUGGCCGAAAUUCAUCAAACAUCGGCUUCAACUGCUCAAUGAAGCCAAGAUGCAUCUCGAGUCUGCCUCGGCAAAGAGUCUGAAAUACAUGGAAAGCUUCUGCAUCACAGACGCCUCGGCAGGCCGCUAUCAGCCUAUCGUAGCCUGCACAGACGCAUUUGUCGUUCUGACAGGCUAUUCGCGCACAGAGCUCGUCGGAAAAGACUGCCGUUUUCUGCAAGGCCCAGGGACCUCGAACGUCAGUCUUGGCAACCUCAGCCGUGCUAUUGCGGGCCAGAAGCCGGUCUCGGAACUGUUGCUGAAUUAUACAAAGAGUGGUCAGCCCUUCUGGAAUUUUCUGCGGCUGCUCCCCCUCUUUGACGAAACGGGCGCCUGUCGUCAUUUCCUCGGCCAUCAGAUCAACGCAUCAGCGCUCCUGACGGAUUCUAGCGAUCUGAGUACGCUUCUCCGUGACGAUCUUGACGACUGCGACGAUCUUGAGCUUGCUAAUGCAACUGACGGCAUCGACCAAACCCAGCCCACCGAUCUAGCGACUCUUCAUCGCGUGGCAGUUGCUGCUGCAAUCAAGUCACGCAUCUCCACUCUAGUGAAAGAUGGACAGGUCGACGGUCGAGCGACUAGACGUCGGCCAGCAUUGGCUGGCCGCUCGAGCAGCAGAUAUUCCGCGAAGCCGGGCGAGCUUGCUUCGCCGGACAUCGAAGCAGAGCUCACGACACGCGAGACAGCUUUAGCCAGGCUUACUCUCGGCUCUGGUCAAGCGAAGGCGCCCGACGUCUCGUCCGUCAAACACCGCAAUUCCCUCGAUUGGAAUCUGCACGGCAUCGUAAUUGCACAAUACUCGCCAACGGACUAUUCUGUAGAGGCACGUAGGCUAUCGGCCAGACAAUCGCGAGGCGUUUCGUCCAUCUACUCCAGCGAAGCUUCACGAGCUGCGUCACGAAUACCAGAUACAAGCAAGAUCGCACUAGAGAGUCCGCUAGAAAGCUAUGUCAUUGUCAACCCUUGCACGCACCGCAUCACUUUCACCUCGUCGCAGUUGUGCGCCGAACUAGCACACGGCGUCGAUUUCGCCAAACUGCUGAAGGCCUACAAUCCUGCAAAGGUCUAUCGCGACACGAGAGACGCAUUUCAGAAUCGUCGCAACGCAGAGAUACACGCCCGUUUACGCCUACGCGACUUCGAACUACCUCGCGACGGCACCGCAACACCCUGUAAUGAGCCGAUCAGGGGCCAGAUUAGCGGCGUGCGGCUCAUCAUUCGCCACUUGACCGACAAAUACGGUCAAAAUGGGCUCAUUGUCGUCCUGUUUCAGUGA